AUGACACUCUCCACUAUGCCAGAAGGGUCGAUUUGUUCGGCGGAGGAUCUAAAAGAUGCGGGUAAUGCUGCCGUAAAAGAGGGCAACUGGGAAGAGGCACUGAAUCAGUACACGAGUGCUCUUCAGCUUGCUCCUGAACCCGAACUUCGCGCGACGAUCUAUCGUAAUCGAGCACUGGUUAGGUUGAAAAUGGACGAUGCAGAAGGAUGUGAAUCAGAUGCCACAAACGGUAAAUACUCUCGCAUUUCACUGAUCAAACGAAAGCAUCUCUUUCUCGAUGAAAAUUUAUUUCUAACAGUUGCCGUCAGAUGCCUAGCAAUUUAUUAUAUUUACAUUCCGUUUUAA